AUGAGAGCGGAGAUUACGGAGUGGAGUGUACCGCGGAGUAACGGAAACAAGAAGGUAGCCCAGAGCUGUCUCCCACACCGCACCGGGAUGCUCACUUCCUGUCAAAAGAGGAAAUGGAACCGUGCCUUCUUACACUUCUGCGGCGUCGCGCCUCCCCCCCUGCGGCCGCAGAACGUGAAGCUGGCUCCGGCGGAGCGGGGCCUCCUGGUGUCGUGGGACCCCCCCGGCGAGCCUGACGCCCGGCCGGUCGAGCGCUACAGCCUCGGCUACGGGACGUCCAUGAAGUCCCUGCGUUACCUCAGAGUGGACGGGAGCAGGAGGUCCCAAAUACUGGAGGAUGUAGAGCCUGGCGUUCUGCACUUCCUGAAAAUGGCCGCCGAGAACAGCGAGGGGAUGAGCAAGCCGGUGUACCGCGCCGAGACUCCCACCGGAGGACGGCUGGCGAAACUGGACGGCUUUGCAGUUGGGCGGUCGCUGCCUGCGAAUGCAUCGGUGGCAGAGAGGCGGGUGCCCAGCAGGACGGUGAGGGUGCCGGAGCGAGUCGUGGAGCAGCGGAGGCCUCCCCACGACUCGGGGGCGGUGCAGCCCGAACGGGAGCGGGGCUUCCUGCUGGGCCUGGCGCAGAACGACCGCAGGACGGGAGAAACGAGGAGGCCCAGCACCUCCCUGCAGGCCGAACAGAGGAGGCCCAGCACCUCCCUGCAGGCCGAACAGAGGAGGCCCAGCACCUCCCUGCAGGAGGACCGGAGGAGGCCCAGUGCCCCCGUACAGGCUGAACAGAGGAGCCCUAGAAGGCGAAACCUUGCCUCUGAGUCCGUGUAUGUGGUAUCACUGCAGGCACAGAAAGCGCUUGGACAGAGCUCCCCCGUUCAAAAGGCUUUCACCAACAAAAAACCCCCCCCAGAUUCGGGGGAAAUUGCUGACGUGAAGGACAUAAGUGUCCGAGUCAUGUCCCCCCAGUCAGUGUUCGUCUCCUGGGUGGACCCUGAGGUGGAGAAGGAGAAGGCCGACAGCAACUCCAGGUACUACACUGUGAGGUACAGGGAGAAGGGGGAGUCCGCUCGGUGGGACUACAGGGAAACUACCCAGCGGCGCCUCCUGGUGGACACGCUCACCGCCGACAACAUGUAUGAGUUCUCCAUCCGGAUCUCCCAGGGCGACCGCACCAGCAAGUGGAGCGUCUCCGUCUUUCAGAGGACCCCUGAAUCCGCUCCGACGGGCGCCCCGGAGAACUUUAACGUGAAGCCGCUGAGGGGCAAAGGCACCGCUGUCACGGCAACCUGGGAGCCGCCGGAGGAGCCCAACGGCCGGAUCAGAGAGUACAUCGUCUCCUACGCUCCGGCCCUGAAGCCGUUUGGGGCGAAGACGGUGACGGUGCGCGGGAGCGGCACGUCCGCCGUGGUGGAAGGCCUGCAGCCCGGCGAGCGCUACAUCUUCAAGAUCCGCGCCGUCAACCGGAGGGGCCAGGGCCCCCAGAGCAAGGCCUUCAGCGUCGCCAUGCCAGCAACCAGUAGUGCUGCCUCAGCAUCGUCCCACCACUCUAGGAGUCAAGGUUUAUCCAGGCCUUCCAGACCCUAUCUCAGGAAGGACACCCGUGUGGCCUCGGAGGAGGACUCAGAGGAGGAGGAUGAGGAGGAGACCCGGUCCUACCACAGCGUCUUCUCCUCGGUGCGGUCGCCCGUUCGCACUCGGGGCGGCUCGCGGACCCCGCAGGCCAGCGAGCGGGCGCAGGAGACGCUGGAGGAGGAGAAAGAGGAAGAGGCGGUGGAGGAAGAGCAGGAACAGAGGCCCACAGAGGCCGCCAAGAAGGAGGACGCCGCCGUCUCCUACCCUGAGAAGAAGGACUCGUACGACCAGGGUGUCGCCGAGCCCAAACCGGCGCCUAAAGAGCCCUCUCCACAGCCCGGCGGUAACGGCGGAGGUCCCGUCCUGCCGAACCGCUACCCGGGUCGGAGGAAGCCGGGGGUUCUGACCCGGGGGAAACUGGGCAGGUUCCAGAACGGCCAGCGCAAGCCUGGGUCCAACCAGUCCACCCUACCCUCCGCCACGGGGGCCCACACCCGGCCCGAGGAAGAGGAGGAGACAGAGGAGACGCCGACCCCUACCCCUCGACCCACCACCACCACCACCACAGCCACCACCACCACCACCACUACUGCCACCACCACUACUACCACCUCUCGACCAGCGCCCCCCGCCCUGGCCCCCUCCGUCCAGAACCGGCAGCUGAGGCCAGGUUCCGGGGGCAGGGGGGUCCCCCGGCAGGGCGGCAGGGUCCUGACCAGCCGGGAGUCGUCCCUGGCCUCCGUCGGAGCCCAAACCCCCCAGAUCAAACAGCCGGUCGCGUCGCUUCCGGACGUCUCCGUCUCCCAGGACACGUCCUCCUACAACCCCGUCCCGAAGAGCCCCGCGACGAAGGACGACUACAAGGAGGCUUACGGGAAGAACGCCGACAAAAUCGUCGCAACCGUCCCGCCGAAGCCGGCGACCUCCCGGCCCGAGCUGAGCGAAAACGACAGCAUCGAGAGGGACUCCGUGCCCGAGCGGCCCAGGGUCCCCACGGCCCCCCGCCGCCCCGUUAUCGGCCCCAACGGGCGCCUGCGGUACCCCAACCUCGCAAACCGCCAGGUGGGGUCCAGGACUCGCUUCCCCGGCCGCACGGCGGGGAAAGUGAUCAACGGCGGCUCAAAGCCCAGCUACGAACAAGGCAAAAACGGACGUCCAAAUCUCACAGCAACCAACGGCAACGCCAAACCGGCAUCGGGUCGCCGGUUCAUCACCAGUCCUGAAGGACUCAAAUGGAUAGUGGACCUGGACAAAGGUCUUCUGAUGAACGAGAACGGGAGGAUUCUGCAGGACUCCCAGGGGAAACCUCGCAGGGUCAUCCUGGGGGAGGAUGGACGCACCAUUUUCGACGACCAGGGGAGUCCGCUGGUGAACUCGGAGGGCCUGGCGCUGUUCGGACACGGACGGGACAGUAGGCCGGUGGUCAACCCCAAAGACAAGUUCUUCACCAUGGGAGGGAAGCAAAUCGUGGGCUUGGACCGCCCCACGCCGAAGACGACGACGACGACCACCACCACCAUCGCCCCGACGACGGCCAUGACAACUACAGCUCCUACUACCACACCUGAGCCCACGACGCUACCGACCACCACGGAGCUGAUCACGGAGGAGCCUGUGACCUCGCCCCACGUCCCCGCCUGUCCGCCUGGGACCUACCCCCGGAUGGACGACCAGGGCUUCCCCAUGUUCGACGACGAAGGCAUACUCAACUGUUACUCCGAGGAAGGGUCGUCAGGGAUGGGGAUGGACCCCAUGGUUACGGUCGCCAUGGCGACCGACAGGGCUGACGCUUUAGCUAUUGAAGAAGAGAACUUUGUCAUCCAGACAACGUUGCCCCCGACAACCACAGCGCUGAUGACACAGCCAGUCGCCAGGGGCAACUCUGGCCCCUCCUCCGAGUUCGAUGCUGCUGGAAAGAAGCGGUUCACAGCCCCGUACGUGAACUACAUCCGGAAAGAUCCGGGGGCGCCCUGCUCCCUGACGGAGGCGCUGGAGUACUUGCAGAUGGACGUGCUGGAGAACCUAAUCGAGCAGGACAGCGUGCUCACGGGGCGACCGCCCAAACACAAACCUCACAACUUCACCGUGGUUGCCAUGGAGGGCUGCCACUCCUUCGUCAUCCUGGACUGGGCCCGGCCGCUGAAGGACGACAUGGUGUCAGGCUACAAGGUUCACAGCGCUUCCUACGACGACGUCCUGAAUAACCGGUGGUCUUCCAGAUCCUCGACAGGCACACACCUGUCCGUGGAGAACCUGAAGCCCAACGCAAGAUAUUACUUCAAAGUUCAAGCAAAGAACGUAUUUGGACUCGGCCCACUCAGUGAAACGAUCACAUAUGUCACAGAGUCAGACGACCCUCUACUUAUCGACAGGCCCCCCGGAGGGGAACCCAUCUGGGUGCCGUUCACCUUCAAGUAUAACCCGGCCCACAGCGUGUGCAAGGGCAGCCAGUUCGUCAAGCGCACCUGGUACAAGAAGUUUGUCGGGGUCGUCCUGUGCAACUCGCUGCGGUACAAGAUCUUCAUGGGCGAGGGACUCAAAGACACGUUCUACAGUAUUGGAGACACCUUCGGCUAUGGUGAAGACCACUGCCAAUUUGUUGAUUCUUACAUGGCAGGAAGAACUGGGCCCCAGAGUCUUUCCGCCUAUCUGCCAACUGCUCAAGGUUACUACCGGGCGUACCGCCAGGAGCCGGUGUUGUUCGGACCCAUCGGUCGGAACACGGCGCACAACUUCGUGGGCUGGUACGAGUGUGGAGUCCCCAUCCCGGGGAAGUGGUAACAGCGUUCCGGCGGGAGUGUGAGAAUUUGCCGGAAAAAAAAACACGGGACUUUGCUCGAUCCUGCUGAGCGCAUCUCGAAUCACGGAGAGAUGAACUGUCACACACGUCAGCAAACAUACAACAUAUACUGCUUCGGAUGAAGAGAAUAUAAUACUUGUUUCGUUUUUUUUAUAUUCUAAAUUCUUUGUAACCAUGUUUGUGCACUUUUUUUUUUUUAAGCAGUCUGUAUAUUGGGAAAAGCAUGUGUGCUUAGCUCAGAUAACCGUUGUCUUCCGGAUCUGAAAAAUAACAUGUUGACUAAAUAGUUUUGACAUUGCACUCAAGGUAGUCUCUCAAACCUUGUUUUUUUUUUUUUACAAUGAAACCAAGAUCAAACACAUUUUUUAAAUGCAAAAACAUAAACAGAUGAACGAAGACUGUACUUCUUGCCUGAUGUGGCAGUUUGUGAGUCUGGUAUAUACUUUUUAAAAACACUUUUAUUAAUUCAUGUUUUUUUUAUACACAGAAUGAGGUUUUAUUUUGAUCAGGUUUUGUCUGAAUGAGGUCAGAGAAUACAAUGACAUAUACACUCAGUGACCACUUUAUACCUGUACACCAGCUCGGAAUCAGCCAAUCAUGUGGCAGCAACUCAAUGCAUGAAAGCAUGCAGGUAUGGUCAAGAGGUUCAGUUGUUGUUCAGACCAAACAUCAAAAUACGGAACAAAUGGGAUGUACAGUAAGUGACUUUGACUGUGGAAUGAUUGUUGGUGCUAGACAGGGUGGUUUGAUUAUCUCACAAACUGCUGAUCUCCUGUGAUUUUCACAUACAACAGUCCCUAGAGUAUACCGAGAAUGGUGUGAAAAACAAAAAGCAUCAAGUGAAUGGCAGUUCUGUGGGCAAAAAUGCCUUGUUAAUGAGAGAGGUCAGAGGAGAAGGACCAGACUGGUUCAAGAUCCCCUUGAAGUGGAUGGGAUAAAGCAGCAGAAGACCAAUACGUUUAAAAAGUAAAAUAAUUAAGUGCUCAGUGAGUGUAGAGUCACAUUUGUCUCAGGAGCAAGAAGAAAGCAGUAAAACAGUGCUAAUCAAAACCACUAACAAUCACACCAGCCAUCUUUUAAAAUGUAUAGCUGAGUUUAUUUUAAAUGUCUGUUUUCAACAGGUUAACGUGUCUGGCGUGACUGAAUUGUCAAAAUAAAGUACACACCACAAACUUUUAACCAAGUGCACUUGCUUUGAAAUAUUAAUAUUUUCACUAUUGUUUAUGUAAAAGUGUGUUUUUUAUUUAUUCUCACUGAGCUGCGCAGAAGGUACCUGUAUAUCCAUUCGGUUUCCGUUUCCGUUGACUUCCUGUAAUGAUCAGAAAAUGUUUUUGAAUAAAUAAACAUCAGGGAGGUUCUGAGGCGACAA